AUGGUUCACCCCAAAGUCAGCAAGGCCCUUGAGGAGGCCAAGAAACUUGUCGCCGAUCUCGAGGCGUACGAGGACAAUCCCAUCAGCCACCAGGCCGUCAUUAAGCAAACCGAGCGCGUCCGCACCGCUCUGCAGGAGCCCAUCGAUUUGGUGACACGCAUGUUCGAGUUCCUCAGUCUGGGAGGCGCAUUCCACACUAUCCUGGGUAUCCGUGCCUACCAUGCCAUGCCCAAGGAUGGCAGUUCUAUCACCGCCGAUGAGCUAGCCCGAAUCACCAAUGUCGACAGCACCGUCAUCCACCGCAUCUACCGCGUUGCUGUUAAUCACGGCCUCUUCACAGAGACGGCCCAGGACACGUAUGCCCACAACGACCUCUCCCGCACACUCGAUCCGAAGGGUCUCGGCUCGUUCUUCAUAAUCACACUGGAGUUUACCCGCGCCUGGAUCCAUCUACCAGAAUACCUCAAGUCGCACAAACCUGAGGAUGUAUUUGACCUGGUCAAGUCUCCCGCCGUGUACUCGGUGGGCAAGGAGCACCUGGGUAAGUCGUACUACGAGCUGCUCGACAUCGACCCGGACCCAGAGCGCCGCGAGGUUUGGAACACCAACAUGUUCAUGGUCGACCAGCUGAUGCCCGUCGUUGGCAUGUUUCCAUUUGCGUCCCUCAAGGAGGAGGUGGAGCAGGAUCCCGACCGUCCAUUCCUCGUUGACAUAGGUGCCGGCCGCGGUCAGUCAUGCUUCGCUAUCCGGAACGAUAUCAACGGCGCUUUUAGCGGCAAGUUUAUCCUGCAAGACCUACCCAGUGUCAUCAACAGCAUGAAACCAGAAGACUAUCCGGGAUUCGAGCUCAUGAGUUACGACGCCUUUACGCCGCAGCCCGUCCAGAACGCUCACAUCUAUUUUAUGCGCCGCUUCCUCCACGACUUCUAUAGCCCGGUCUGCAUCGAGUUUGUUAAAAACACCGCAGCAGCAAUGGGACCGGACUCGCGGCUCCUCAUCUGCGACAUGCUAGUCCCAGACCUGGUCGAGGUUUACGAAAACAUGGACCUCUAUUGGCUUGACUUUGCCCUCCUAUGCAUGACCGGUCAGGAGAAGAAGAAGGCCGACUUUGUAAAAAUAUUUGAUGCCGCCGGCCUGGAACUCGUUAAGAUCUACCCCUCCGCUUAUGGGCGGACAGCGAUGCUCGAGGCUAAGCUAAAGAAGUAG